AUGGCAUGCUCGAAAAUAUUUUUAGGAGAUUUACCAGAGUUAAUAAAUAAAAUCAUACAAUAUUUUCAUUAUGAUUAUAAAACAUUACAUUCGUGUAUACUUGAUAGUAAAGCAAAAUUUGAUGAAUAUGGAAUUAAUGAUAAAUUGUUACCUUCGAAUAAUAGAUUAUUCAAUUAUCCUAGUUUUAUUAAAUACUUGUAUACAGAUAAAAUAUUUUGUUCUAUUAAAUAUUGGGUGAAUAAAAAUUAUGAUAAUAUGGAUUUGAUUUUACAAAAUCCAAAUCUUAUAUGCAAUAUCAGAAAUUUAAAUUUAAAUGGUUAUGCCAUUCCAUUUCAAGAUUUUAUUCCACUUUUGAAAUUUUUAUAUUCUAAUUGUAAUUCAAUCUCAUCAAUUAUUUUUAAAUUUCCUGAAGUUAAUUUUAAUAUCAAUAAUUAUUCAUUAGUUGAAGAAUGUUUAACACAAAUGAUUGUUUCACAACAUAAUCUCAAAAAAAUUUCAUUUGGAAUUUUUUAUAAUUUAAAUUUAUAUAAUCCAGUUUUUGAUCAUUUAAAUGUUUUAGAAUCUAUUCAUCUUAUUAAUUGUAAUUAUUUAAAUUCUGAUUUUGUUCAACAAAUUAUUAAGGUUAGAUAUUUUUAUACGAAUGUAUUAGAUGAUAAUAAUAUUUACUUAAUUAUUAAAAAUAAUCAACAUAACAUUAAUUAUCUUACUAUUGCAAUUCUUCCUCCUAAAUUAGAAUAUUUAUGUUUAGUUCUUUUAUUUAAUACAAGUGAUCUGGAAAUAUUUUUAAAAAAUUCACAAAAUACUUUUAUUAAGAAAUUAUUAAUUAGAAAUAUAGUGAUGUAUGGAGAUGGAGAUGGAGAUUUUAAUAUUUUAUUUUAUAUAAAAAAAUAUAUUAUGAAGAAGGAAAGGGUUAAAUAUUUGGCUAUUUUAGAGGAAGAUGAAUUGUUUUUUCCAAAAAAAGAAGUAAAUGAAUUUAAAUUAUAUAAUAUUAUAGUUCAAAAAUAUCAUGAUUUAUGUAUUUAUAAUUAUAGUUAUAUAAUUAAUAAUUAUUUACAAUAUUAA